AUGGAGAUGAUGUCUUUAAGUAUUGUUUUAUGGCUCUUGGUACUUGUAUUCGUGGUUUUUUUAUCAUCUGGGCGUCCUGUUGUUGUUAUUGAUGCUACCUAUUUGAAAAGAAAGUAUAAGGGUGUGAUGUUUGUUGCUGUGACGAAGGAUGGAAAUGAACAGGUUUUUCCAUUAGCUGUUGGAUUGGGUGAUAAGGAGAAUGACAGUUCAUGGUUAUGGUUUCUUACACGGUUGAAACGUGCUUUUGGUGUUUUAGAGAACAUGUUAUUUGUUUCAGAUCAGCAUAUCAGCAUAAAGAAUGCUGUUGAAGCUGUGUUUCCUGGAGUUCCUCAUGGUCUUUGCACGUAUCAUUUGCAGAAGAACCUUGCAAGAUAUGGUGCAAAUGUUGUAGCUAUAUUUCAGAGAGCUGCAAAUAGCUACAGGAGGGAGCAAUAUGAUUUGUAUUCUAGGCAAUUGGCCUUGGUUCGUGACAAAGGUGCAUAUAGAAAGUUGAUGGAUCUUUGGCCUUCUAGAUGGGCACGUAGUCAUUGUGGAGUUUGUAGAUAUAACUUCAUGACGUCUAAUUAUGCCGAGGUAUUCAAUGAAAGGCGUAGCAAAGCUUUGGCAAGAACUCAUCCACUUACAGAGUGGGCUGCAUUGAAACUAGACAUCUCAGUUGAGGAAGGUCGGAGAAUGGAGGUUAAUGCAAUUAAUGCAUUCAAAUUCACAGUUUCUUCUAGUGAUCGAAACUAUGUUGUUGAUAUUCGUGCUAGGAGUUGUUCUUAUCAUGAGUUUGAUCUUGACUUGAUCCCUUGCCCUCAUGCUGCUGCUGCUAUAUUCAAGUCAAAGCAAUCUUGCAUUGCUUUUGUGUCUAGCUACUAUACAAUGCAGACGUUACGUGAGAUGUAUUUUAUUGAUGUGAAUCCUAUCCCAUAUCAAGAUGAGUGGGAUGUUCCUGCGGAUGUGAGUUCAAGGGUUGUUGGUGCACCACAGAAUCCUAGUCAAUCAGGGCGUCCACGGACUUCUAGAAUUCCUUCAGCAAUGGAAUUUUCUACAAAGUCAUGUGUUAGUGUUUGUUCAAGAUGCCACAAAACAGCUCAUUACAUGUCAAAGUGUAAAGAAGAAAUUCUAAUUCCCAUAGAAAGUGAUGAGCAAGAAGUUGAUCGUCCUCGUCGUGCUAAGCAUUGCAGUAUUUACCAAGAGAUUGGGCAUACAAAGAGAAAGUGUCCGUCAUUUAAUGCAAGCGCUUGGUUGUGA